UAUCGAUGGCAUAAAAAUUAUGUCAGAACGAAUUAGUUUGUGUAUUUUCUCGAUGUAGCUAAUAAACAGUGAGAAUCAAAAUGAAUCACGAAGAAAUAAGAGCAGUGGUGCAAGAAAAAUUUUUGUCCAGUGAGAAAGUUACAGCUUUUCUGUCUGAUGCAAAAGUGCUCCACCCAGACUGGGUAAAGAAAGAUAGACUUCUCGCCAUCGUAGAAUACGGGGACGAGAAAGCUGUUUUUUGUUUAUUCUCGUCAUGCUACCCACCAAAGUCCUUCACCGAUUUAUCGAUAGAAAUAGUAUUGCCUAUAGACAACAGUUUCAAGUGUGAAAUCGAUAACAAACCGUCGGAUCCUGAAGCAAUCUUGUACCUGAAUUUACAGUCUCGUAAUAAUAAGUUCAAGUUCGAAAUACAAAUGACACCGCGCGUCGAUAAUUUCGUGGACGACCUAUUUAGAGGAAUAGAAGCUGUAAACAAGAUACCGACACAACCAGAGUUUGUAUGGCUCAAAAAAUACAGUACAAAAAAUGAGGAGGAUAUAAUAACUGAAAGUAUAAUUCUUCCGAGAAGUGGAAUUUCCAAUAUGCAGACCUCUGCUCCAGUUGCCAUAAGAGAAAGCUUGAUAAAAAGGAAGAUGAGUGACAAGGAAUCAGAUUAUACAUUUACUAAAAAAUUCUCAAUUUUCUGUGGAACUUGGAAUGUAAACGACAAAUCUCCUGUCAUUCCACUGAAAGGGUGGUUGAGUGUAGAAAAAGAGCCCCCAGAUAUAUAUGCUGUGGGUUUCCAAGAACUUGACUUGUCAAAGGAGACAUUCCUCUUUGAUCAAACAUUCAGAGAGGAUGAAUGGUACUGUGCAGUUUUGAAUUAUGUUGAUAAGAGAGCCAAGUAUGUGAAAAUUGAGAAAGUAAGACUUGUGGGCAUGUUGCUUAUCGUCCUGAUUAAAGAGCAGUAUUUUCCUUUUGUCAGGAACGUAGUUUGUGACACAGUUGGUACUGGUAUCAUGGGUAAAAUGGGAAACAAGGGUGGAGUAGCCAUAAGAUUUGAUUUUCACAACACAUCUAUAUGCUUUGUGAACUCUCACCUAGCUGCACAUGUUGAAGAAUAUGAACGACGCAAUCAAGAUUUCAGAGACAUAUGCAACAGGACAAGGUUUCCGCAGACCAACCAGCAACCCAAAGCUAUCAAAGAUCAUGAUCAUGUCUACUGGUUGGGUGACCUCAACUAUCGCAUAACUGAAUUGGAUCCUAUGGCGGUAAAGAAAUUGGUCAAUGAAAACAAUUUUGCUCCAGUCUUGGAGUGGGACCAGCUAAAACAACAGCACAAAAACAACAAUGUCUUUGCUGGAUACCAUGAAGGAACCAUAACUUUUAAACCCACUUAUAAAUAUGAUCCAGGGACUGACCAUUGGGAUUCCAGUGAGAAACACCGAGCUCCAGCUUGGUGCGACAGAAUUUUCUGGAAAGGAGAAAGAAUUAGUCAACUAGCAUAUAGAAGCCAUCCAGCCUUAAAUAUAAGUGAUCAUAAACCAGUUUCAGCAUUAUUUAGCUCAGAAAUUAAAAUAAUUGAUGAAGAGAAAUACAGGAAAAUAUAUGAGGAAGUUAUAAAACAACUUGAUAAGCUAGAAAAUGAGUUAAUACCACAAGUGAAGGUCGAUGUAACUGAAGUUGAUUUUGGCACAGUUAAGUAUUUAGAAUUGCAAACUAGAACAAUAACUAUAAAGAAUACAGGAAAACUACCAGUUGAAUUCGAGUUUAUUAAGAAAUUGGAUGAAACAAGCUUCUGCAAAGAGUGGCUCAUUGUUGAGCCGUACAAAAAGUGCAUAUGUGCUGAUGAAACUUGUGAAAUUCAACUCAAAGUCCUGAUCAAUAAGACAUCUGCUUGUAAAAUGAAUAAUGGGACCGACAAACUAUAUGACAUUUUGGUAUUACAUUUAUAUGGGGGUAAGGAUAUAUUUAUCACAGUCAAUGGAACUUACGAAAGAAGUUGUUUUGGCUGUUCCAUUGAAGUACUUGUUAAUUUAAACAUGCCUAUAAGAGAUGUGCCUGCUGGAAAAAUGAUUGAGUUGGAGAAUAAGAGAGACCAAUGUGUUACCACCCAAGCAACUUACGCAAUACCAAAAGAAAUAUGGUUUUUAGUUGACCAUAUUUAUUUGCAUGGGUUGAAAGAGCCAAACUUGUUUGAGCAGCCUGGCUUACAUUCAGAAGUCUUGCAAAUAAGGGACUGGUUAGACAAUGGAUCAAUUGACCCCGUUCCAGGCAGUAUACAUUCAGUUGCUGAGGCUUUGCUGCUUCUACUGGAGAGCACAGCAGAUCCAAUCAUUCCUUACAAUCUACAGGCUGUCUGUUUAAGGGCAUCAGUAAAUUACUUACAAUGCAAGCAAAUUGUAAUGGAGCUGCCAGAGUUCAGAAAGAAUGUUUUUCUGUAUCUGUGCGAAUUUUUGCAAGAAGCGUUGCAACACAGUGCCGAAAAUGGACUGGAUCCGAAGACACUGUCAACACUUUUUGGCGCCAUAUUUUUAAGGGACAAUCCCAAUAUAGUACAAGAACCCCAGUCAAGAAUUAAUAAACAGGUCAUAGACAAGAAGAAGGCACAAUUUGUGUAUCAUUUUCUGGUAAAUGAUCAUAGUGACUUAAUUUUUACCAAAUAGAUUUAUUUUAAAUUAUUUUCAUAAGCUAUUUAAUACUCAAAACAUUCUCCAUUAGAAAUUCGUAUAUGCUUUGUUGUGGAUUUUAGUCAUUAUUUAUUAUAGUUUUUAGAAUAUUAUAUAGAUCUUCUCAUUGUAUGUUUACAUGACAUAUUUAUACUUACUAUAAUACAAUAUAUUAUUAUUUAAAUAGUUAAUAAAUACCAACGAACAGCAAGCGGCCAAUUAAUGAUUUUAGUGUAAUUUUUAAUGGUACAUAUUAAUUUGUAAAACAAGUAUUUUUUAGUUAAGGCAUGGAUAAGGCAUUGUUGCCAUUUUUUUAGUUAAAAAUUUAAAGUAAAUCGGACUAAUCUUAUUGUACUUGCAAUUUAUUGUACCUAAUAGGUAACAUUUACUUAAACUAUUAUUUAUUUAGAUAAAAAAGGGCCAGGUCAAUAAUCACCAUAUUCAUUAGCAGACGACAAAUUGCAUAGCCAUAGAUUUCCUUUCUGUAAAAGUAUGUGUAUUUUAUGGUAGUUUGACAACAGCCAGCUAAUUUUCUGGUUAUAAUAUAUUACAAUGUUUUGCUUCGGAGUUUUGGAUGUAUUUUUACAAAUAUUUUGUAAUAAGUUUACACGCCAAGGAACGCAGUUACGGCCAAUGUCCAAAUGAGACGAGUACACGGCCGCCAUUUAUAUUUUGUUUGAAUAAUUACGUUUAUUAGGGGAAUAACCAAUAACUAGAUUUCUACAUGUCUACGUGAUUACAAAUAUCUUAGACGGCGUUUUUGAACUGUUUCUGAUUUUUGGUUGUUAUGGUAUUAGAGAUAGAGAAUAUUAUUUAAAAACUUUACGUUAAAUAUAGGAAAUGUAUGGUGCUCCCAAAGGGAGAAUUUUUUGAGCAGUGUCUUUCGAUAGGUUUUUUUUUAUCAAAUCUUGAAAAAAAAAGUGAAUGUUUCAGAACUGUUUACCUACAAAUUUACACUUUAUUAAGUACGUAUUUUUCACUCAAUUAUUUUCUACACCAGGUUUCAGGUCACAUUUUGUAUACUUAAAAUAUUAGAUAAUAAAUGUAUCAAAGAUGUUUCAAUGUUAAAAAGUUGAAGCUUUUGUACCUAGAUGUACAAUCUAUAUGUAGUGUUACUACACAAGAUGUAUCAAUGUAUCGAUUACACAUAUUUAUCGAUAACCUAAUAAAUUGUCUUGAAGGUG